ACCAGUGGAUGCUAUAUCCGAUAAUGAUAUUUCAUUCCGAUCUUUAGGUACGUCCCCUUUGGUCUUUUAUGCUCGGUACAUGUUCAGGUAUUAAAUAUAAAUCAUUAAAAGCAAUGCGCAUCUUACCGCAUGCAAAGUGAAAUGUUACCCACAAGUAAUGUCGAUUGCAAGGAAAAAUUUAAGAAUAUCACGAAUAUGAUGUGGGAAUUAAAGACUGGAAUAGAUAACUCUCAUGACUUAUUGCAAGAGAUAAAAGAAUCUCACGAAACAAAUAGAUGGCUUGUGGACGGACGUCUUGAAGGCUACCAAAAGGUCGGUAGAUUAGAUGAUUUAUUAGCAGAUAGUGUCGAAGUGAAGUUGUCUUCUCGCGUUUCCGAAGCAGACCUCUUUAUCCGGAUUUACCUCUUCAUCCGGAUUCACCUCUUCAUCCAGAUUCACCUCUUAGUCCAGAUUUACCCCAUAGUGUUCAGUAAAAUAUAAAUAAAUACGUAUAAACCAUCUCCCUCUUCAUUUGAAGCAGUGUUGAAAGAGGAAAAAUUGUACCCAAACAUACUUCUUGUCCGAAAUUGAAAAAAUAGAGACGCUAAAUGGUUACUUGCCU